ACUUUGCUUGUUUGACGUAUUUUAUCAAGUGGAUUAUUAAAGAACAUACAAUAAGUCAAAAACACGUCGACUAUCCAGUGAAUUAUUAUACAAACUUAGUUUAUUGAUUGAAAAUGUUAAGAUAUAGAGGCAAGAAGAAAGUAAUUGACAGGGUGAAGGAGUUGGAUGCCUUCCCCAAAGUACCUGAAGAGUAUGUGGACAGUACACCUGUAGGCGGCACUUUUUCAGUUAUCGCAUUUUUUAUAAUUAUGUUGCUGAUAUACAGUGAAGUGACGUAUUAUUUAGACAGUAAUUUAGUUUUCAAAUUCGUACCGGAUACUGAUAUGGACGAAAAACUUCGAAUAAACAUAGACAUGACUGUUGCUAUGCCUUGCUCCAACAUUGGUGCUGAUAUUUUGGAUUCCACUUCACAAAGCGUUUUCGGUUUUGGUGAGCUUCAAGAAGAGGAUACGUGGUUUGAGCUGACGCAGGAGCAACAAGACGCGUUUGAUGCAGUAAAAUACCUCAAUUCUUAUCUUAGAGAGGAGUACCAUUCCAUUUGGAAGUUACUAUGGAAGAAAGGCCAUGGAUCUGUUCGGGCUACCAUACCACCUAGAAAAACUAAACCUAACCGACGGCCAGAUGCAUGUAGACUCCAUGGAGUUCUAACUUUGAAUAAAGUAACUGGCAACUUCCAUGUUACUGCAGGAAAAAGUUUGCAUUUACCUAGAGGACACAUACAUCUGAACAUGCUAUUUGAUGACACUCCACAGAACUUUAGUCAUAGAAUACAUAGACUUAGCUUUGGUAGUCCAGCCAAUGGAAUAAUUUACCCGCUGGAAGGUGAUCUGAAAGUAACCCAGGAUGAAAAUAUGUUGUACCAAUACUUUAUAGAAGUGGUACCGACUGAUGUAGACACUGCAUUUGAGACAAUCAAGACUUUCCAAUACUCUGUCAAAGAGCUAGAGAGACCGAUAAGUCAUUCCAAAGGAUCUCACGGAGUGCCCGGUGUCUUCUUCAAGUAUGACAUGGCUGCAUUAAAAGUUCAAGUUUACCAGGAAAGGGAGAAUGUAUUACAAUUCACUCUAAGACUGUUCUCAAUUAUCGGAGGCAUUUAUGUUAUAGUCGGGUUCUUGAGUACCAUAGUUCUUACUAUAAAAACAAGCUUGUUGCACAAACCUGCACCAAUUGCUCAAAAACAGGUGUAUGAUGGUAAGGUGCGGGUACAGCCAAACCCACUGCUAGUCACUCCCGACCUCAGUGUUCCUGUAGAGCUAGUGAAACCAUGACAUGAGGCUCCGCCCCGUAGUCAUGACUUUUAUUUUACCUAAUUUUGUAUUGUAUAUAGAGAUUUUUUAUAUAACUAUUGAAAUUAAAUCUGAAACGAAAUUGUUAUUUAUUGGCUCUUUCUAUUGUUACUUUUUAAUUGUUUUAUUGUACUCCACUAUUAAACUAAGAUUGGUGAUAAGUUAAGUAGACACAUUUUAUACUAUUUUAUACUUACUGAGUGCUUAUUUGAAUAUUAUUUGUAUUUUCUAAAUGUAUA